UGCGUCUCAAAUCUUCACUCAAGAUUUCCUUCGAUUCGCCUCUUCUUUUGCUCCCUCCUCCCUCCUCCCUCCUCCCUCCCUCCCUCCCUCGGCACUGCCCCAGCAGUACAAGGUUUCUCUCUCGUAGUGCCGUUGUAACUGCCGUCGGGAAGAGGAGGAGUUGAUUCGUCCCCCUGAAACGACCUGCGAGGAUACAUUGCCGUCUGAGCUCGAGGCGUCGCAGGUAGCAAGGAUGUCGACUCCUGCAAGGAAGAGGCUGAUGAGGGACUUCAAGAGGCUCCAACAGGAUCCUCCAGCCGGUAUCAGUGGCGCUCCCCAUGAAAACAACAUUAUGCUUUGGAAUGCUGUUAUAUUUGGCCCAGAUGAUACACCUUGGGAUGGAGGCACGUUUAAACUGACACUUCAGUUUAUUGAGGAUUAUCCAAACAAGCCACCCACCGUACGCUUUGUCUCUAGGAUGUUUCAUCCCAACAUUUACGCGGAUGGGAGUAUAUGCUUGGAUAUUUUGCAGAACCAGUGGAGCCCAAUAUAUGACGUUGCUGCUAUUCUUACUUCCAUUCAGUCCCUGCUUUGUGAUCCAAAUCCCAACUCCCCUGCAAAUUCUGAAGCUGCGCGAAUGUUCAGCGAGAACAAGCGGGAAUACAACAGAAAACUGCGUGAGAUCGUCGAACAGAGUUGGACAGCAGAUUGAUUGAUGGCGGAUUUUUCCCUACUAGUAUCCUAAAGUUAUGUUGCCGUCGUGAUGAAUAAUGCUUGUUUAAGUUGGACGCAGGCAAAAAUGUGUAAAUCUUAUCCCCUCGCUUGCAACUGUCAAGUUUGGCGUUUGUUCUGGUUAGGGUUUGCUUAUCGUUUAAACGCAUGCAUUUGCGGCCAGUAAACGUAAUUGCAUGCUAAAGUGAAACUCAGUAUUUGUCAUGAUAAAAGUACAGUGUCUGAUGCUCAAUACUAUCGUUGUAAAACAAUAAAAUUAUUGUAUUAAGUUUUCCUUUUAGCAAAAUGUCAUUUAAUCUC